CCGGGCCCUCCCCCUGUGUCACGGCGGCGCCCGCAUUCGGAACGGGCACGGCGGAGGGAGGGAAGGAAGGAGGGAGCGAGAGGGAGAAGGAGAGAAGGAGCGAGCGAGCCGCGGCCGCCCCAGCAUGUGGCCCGCCCGCGCCGUGGCGGCAGCGCGGCGGCGGCGGCGGCGGCGGGCAGGUGCGCGGCCGCUGAAGCGGAGCGGGGGGGCGUAGGGGCGGGAGCCGCCCGCCGCCGCCCUCGCCGGCGCUGUCAGGUGCCCCGCCGCCCGGCCCCGGAGCCCGCCGGUCCCCGGCCGAGGAUGCCGCCCGCCGCCGCUCGCUCCGGUUCAUCUGUUGCUGCCUGACCGCGCCGCCAGCCCGAUGGAUGCGGCCGCCCCCGCGCCCUGCCCGCCCGCAGCCGCCCCGCUGGCUACUGAGCCGGGAACCGCUCCGGAGGUCCGCGGCUGGUAAAAACCAAACCAAAACCAAAUCCGAACCAAAAAACACUCCCCCGCUUCGGGCCGGACUGGAGAGGCGGCCGAGGACCAUGCAGCGUGUCCCCCGGCUCGGCGCUCCCGGCGCGGCGCCGGCCGCAGCCGCCUCCUAAAGCCGCCGGACCCGGGGCUCCCCCGGACUCGGAGCUGCCCCCGCCAGGACCCGCGCACCGAGCGGCUCCUCCUUUCCUUCUCCCCUCCAGCCGGGCAGGGAGCCCGCCUUCGCACUCCUCUCCCUCUCCAGAUUUUGGGUUUUUGUUGUGUGUUUGGGUUUUAUUUUUUGGGUGGAAAACGCCCGUAACUCCGGGGGAGGGGGGGGGCUGUGGGGUGGCAGCGGGGAGGCGACCAUGGAAGAAAAGCUCCAGGCGCAUCAGGUGGAGAUCGACCCGGAUUUCGAGCCGCAGAGCCGUCCCCGCUCCUGCACUUGGCCUCUCCCCCACCCCGACUUGGCGGAGGAGGAAGAUGGGGGCGCGGGGGGAACCCCGGCGCUGGCGGCCGGCGGGGACGGAGCCGAGAACGCGGUGGCUCCGGUGGAGCGCAGAGUCGCCGCCGCUCCCCCGCCGCCCCCCGGCGCGGAUGUGGGGCAGCUCCGCAAGGCCAAAACCUCCCGGCGCAACGCCUGGGGCAACCUCUCCUAUGCCGACCUCAUCACCAAAGCCAUCGAGAGCUCGCCGGAGAAGCGCCUCACCCUCUCCCAGAUCUACGACUGGAUGGUGCGAUACGUCCCCUACUUUAAGGAUAAAGGAGACAGCAACAGCUCUGCCGGCUGGAAGAACUCCAUCCGGCACAACCUGUCCCUGCACACCCGCUUCAUCCGCGUGCAGAACGAGGGCACCGGCAAGAGCUCCUGGUGGAUGCUGAACCCCGAGGGCGGCAAGACGGGCAAGACGCCGCGGCGGCGCGCCGUGUCCAUGGACAACAACAGCAAGUUCCUGCGCAUCAAGGGCAAGGCCAGCAAGAAGAAGCAGCUGCAGGUGACGCAGGAGCGCGGCGAGGACAGCCCGUCCUCGCAGCAAGCCAAGUGGUCGGAGAGCCCCGCGUCCCACGCCAGCGACGAGUACGACGCCUGGGCGGACUUCCGGACGCGGGCCAACUCCACGGCCAGCACGCUGAGCGGGCGCCUCUCGCCCAUCAUGGCCAACCACGAGCCGGAUGAGCUGGAGGAGGACGACGGGACCCCCUCGUCCCCGCUGAUGUACCCCAGCCCUUCCAGCACCAUGUCUCCAUCCCUCAGCGCCCGCUGCUCCGUGGAGCUGCCCCGGCUGACCGACCUGACCGGCACCAUCAGCCUGAACGAGAGCCUGGGGGAGAGCAUGCUGGAGGACCUGCAGGACGGCUACAGCAUGAGCCCAUCCCAGCAGCUCCCCCCGGCCGCCCUGCGGCAGCGGAGCUCCAGUUUCACCUUCAACUCCAAGUGCUCCAGCAUGGGGGCCGCCUCCAACACCUACUGUGGGACCAUCUACAGCCAGCCGGCCAUGAGCCUCAUGCGCCGCCUGCCCAUGCAGACCAUCCAGGAGAACAAGCAGGCCACCUUCUCGCCCGCCAGCUCCUACAGGAACGCCUCGCUGCAGGACCUGCUCUCCUCCAUCUCCUACGCGCACAAGGAGAGCAUGGUCCCGGGGGACCUGCCCCCGCCGCAGGCCAGCCCCAUGGUGCCGGCCCGUGGCCACAGACACAACCCGCUGCUGUGCGGGGGCGGGGAGCAGGGCCUGUCCCCCUACCCGCCCCACCCGGGCUCUCUCAUGAAGAGCAACGCGUUGUACCACCCGUCACCAGCCGGUCACCACCACCCCGCGGUCAACACCAGUGCCUUAGCCAAUCCUGUCAGCCUUAUGAGCCUGCCCAGUGACUCGUGCAGCAUGGCGGCCGUGCCGCACCACGGGCACCUGCAUUCCUACGCCAAUAACCAAGGGGCACACAUGAGCUUGCUGGAUUCGCUGCAGGGCCCCUACCCGGGGGCCGUCCACCCCCCUGUGUUGGGCCAAGACAGGUUCCCAGCAGACCUGGACCUGGACAUGUUCAACGGGAGCCUGGAGUGCGACGUGGAGUCCAUCAUCCUGAAUGACUUUAUGGACAGCGACGAGAUGGACUUCAACUUCGACUCGGCCCUCCCGCCGCAGAACGGGCUCAACGUGCCCGCGCUGCCCGGGGGGCCGCAGCCCACGAACCAGAGCUGGGUGCCGGGGUGACGCCUGCCCCGGCGCGGGCUCGCCACCGGGAAGCCACGAGGGGAACAUUGAGACUAACUUUUUUUUUUCCUUUCUCUUCUGCCUUUGUUUGUUAAGAUAGGCCAGAGCCAUCAGUCUGAGCUUAAGGUCGAACACGAAACACGAGCCGGAGGGUCAAAUGUUGAGAUGGGGGAGGACCUCCAGCCCCACGUGUGCCCGGUCUGCAGGUCCUGCCGGCAUUCUCUGGAGGACACAGGGCCGGAGCCAAGCAGAUCCAGGGGGUAGCAGGAAGGGAAAGCCUUUCCAGACAGUCCCAGUGCCCCAUGGUAAUGGUGCCAGUUUGAUUUGCCCUUGGGCUGGGGGACAGAGUGGUGAUGGCUGGUGGUGUGGGACCCCCCCCAGCAUGGGCAUUCCCCCUGGGAAAGAACUCUUCUCUGAGCCACCUUGGGAAAUGAGUCCUCUGGGUAGAACUGUCAGCAGUGGGGGCUCUGCCCUAGGGCAAGGGGGGGCUCGUGACCCCUCAGCCUGGUGGAGAUGGGAGCUCUGCUGAGCCCACACCCCCGGUGUCCUCGUGUGGCUCCUGGCAGGUUUCCUUACCGAGCAGUGAGAAGGGGGUGGUGGUGGUGUGCAGCCAGCAGCCCUGGGAGCGGCAUCUCGGCAGCCCCCGGGGCCUGGGGGUGCCAGGGAAGGCUGCAGCCCCUGCCCGGAGCAGGCUGGGCACGCUGCAGGGGGGUCCUGCUGGGAGUGGGGGUCCCCUGAGCCGGAGGCUGGGGGGCAGCUCGCAGGGGCGGGGAGGGGGGCGUAUUUAUUUGAUUUCAUGCACUCUUUUGCCAUUGAGUUUUUGCGUUGGAAGGAAGAAAGGGUCGAGCUUAGGGAGAGGAGAGAGAGGCCAUGGGCAGCGCUGGUGGCUGUGUCCCAUCACAUGGCUCAUCCUGGCUUGGCCCGGGGGGUGUUGGAUGUUGGGGUGAAAGCUGGGGGUCUGUGAUGUGGGCUGUCCUCGAGGAGGGGCUGUGUGGUGGCCAGGCCUCUGGAUGCAGCGUGGGCUCCAUCCUGCUCCAAGCUUGGGUGGCCCACAUUGCUCAGGGAGGUGCCACAGGGGCCCCAGCCAGGGCUGUGGAGCUCCUGGGGGGUCAGUGCCACCAUGCCUGUCCCUGUGUCACCCCGGGGUGCCAGGAGAGCUGAUCCAGGAGCUGUCAGCAAGAGGGGUGCACCUGCCUGCCAGGGGCUUGGACUCGGGGGUGGGGACCACGAUUCGCACGUGGUCCUGCUGUGUGUCAGGGCCCCAAACUGACCCCAGUGCUCUGUGGGGCAGGAGAGGGCCAGGGAUGCCCCGGCCAUUCUGCACAGCUGCCAGGAGCAGCAGGGUUUGAGGGCUUCAGCAGGAGCCAGUGGUCUGGAGAUGAUGGAGGGGCUGGGAGGAGGCGGUGGAAGCUGCUGCUCUGUCCUGGGGGGUCUCUGCUCAGCACCACAGGCUCCCUGUGACCCCCAGCCCCUGGCUUGCAGCGGGGUCAGUGCACUGAACCAGCACAUUUUCCCAGCCCAGCUCAUCCCUUCCUGCCCCAGCACCAGCUCCUCUGCCAGGAGCAGGCUCUGGGUCCCAGGCAGCCACAGGGACAGCGUGGCAGCCCCAGGUCAGGGCAGGGGGACCCGUGGGUGGCACCUCCUGCUCCUCUCCUGACGCACACAGCUGUGGCAGAGCGUGACAGAGGAGCCCCAUGUGCUCACCUUCACCCGGGGUGCAUGGCAGGCACGGUCUCUAAAGACAUUCUUACAAGUUAAUUAAUUAUGUUUACAUUAUUUGAUCAUGUACAGAAUUUAAUAUAUUCUAUUAUAUAUAAUCUUUCUUGAAUGCUUUUUUAAAAAGGAUUAUUCUUUGGUCAGGAUCAUUACCGCAUUCCUUUUGUACACCACCUCUCGUUUCAGGCAUCUUUCAAACCCUUGGAAACCGAUUGCAAAUGGCUAUUUAAUCCCCGACCCCCCAGUUCAGCAUGUGGGUGUGAGGGACCCAGAGGCAGGAGGAGAGCAAACGGGGGCUCUGCCCCCCAGGAAUGGGAGAAAGGGAAGCAGUCCUGGCUCCCCCAGCCAUCCACCCUGCAGGCACAGACCCAGCAGCACACGGGCAGCGCUCGGGCACGGAGCUGGGAUUGUCCCACGCGGGGGUCCCCGAGCCCCCCUCGGUGUCACAGAGGCUGGCCGGCCAUCCCCAUGGCGGGGGAGCCACCCCAGCAGCAGGAGGGAAGUGUCCCCUUGUCCCCUUGCCCCCUGUGCCCGCCCCGCUGCGUGGGCACGGCCCCUGGCCAAGCUGUGUCGUGGUUCGUGACCGUGGGGUUGUCGUGUGUGCGGUGCAGUCGUGUUGGUAACGUCGUGUGUUCAGUCGUCCUGCGGGGCGAGGGCCGAGGGCCGAGGGGCGGGCACGGACAGCGGGGUGGCUGCAGGGCUCAUGGCACGGCUGGCUCUGCCAGGGGACCAAGCACCCGGGCAGGGGGGACAUGGUGAGCAGGAGGGUGAUGGUGACGGAUUGGGGGUGUUGGGGCUGUGCAGGAGGGCGGUGGUGACAGAUUGGGGGUGUUGGGGCUGUGCCCCGUUGGGGAGGUGACACCAGGAUUUGUGUCACUGGCUGAGGCUCUGGGUUCCCUCUCUGGAAUCGGUGAGAGCUUCACCCUCCCCUCUCCACCACCCCACAGUGCCCCUCUGGGGACCAGGAGCUCCCUCCCUGCUCCCGCCCUGCCCUGCCUGGAGCCGGCGUGGGGGGACAGCCAGGGCCCCCCCAGUUUGCCUCUCCCAGCGGUUUUGGGUCUGUUUCCCUCGUAUUUAUAACUGUACAGACUGGGGGGGAGGGUCUCAUCUCUCACACGCAUCUAUCGUAGGCAAUGGUAACUUUCUUGGUUGUGCUAUUAGAGUUUGUGUAUGUGGCAAUGUAAAGAACUGUGUAUAGUGCAUUGUACAGCAUAUUUUCAUGAAUAAAAUUGUUUUAAAUAUUA